AUGUCACCUGAGGCUGCGGUUUAUCCUUAUUCAUGUCGUCUAACUAAGACACCUAGUCAUUUGUUAAGACAAAUAUCAUCAUUGACAAUUAUUGAAUGUGCGUUUGAUGUGUUGCAAGUAUACCAUGAAGAAAACGGAACGUUUGAAUUGAAACAAACCACAAUUAAAGAAUUUAUUGAAAAACUAAAACUAUUGAUUGAUAUUAAUUAUGGUAACAAAAUUAAUAAUGCGUUAUCAACAACGAUCACACCAAUGUCCAAAUGUAAUUCUGAUGAAUUUUUGAUGGUUAAUACUUCUGUAGUUAAUGCUUCGAUUUAUUUUAUCGAAAAAAAUUUGGAACAAUAUAAACUUCUGUUUAAUACAGAACGUAAACCUAAUGCAGCACAAAAGCCUUCAACAAUAACAGAAGCUAACAGUCAAACAUCCAGUUCAAUGACAAGUCAAGCAUCAAAUGAAGAAAGAAUGGCAAGAGUAUAUCGUGAAAUAUUGCUGUUUGAUAGCGUUGUUUUUACGACAACUCAUUUAUAUCAAGAACCGUAUUUAAAGCGAAACAAUAAUUAUUUAGAACAAGCAUUGAAUCAGUUGAUUAUAAAUGGUCUUUUACUUGUUUAUCCACUCGGUGGUCAUAACGGUGUCAAAUCGGUGAAAUUAUACAUUAAACAAUUACCAUCUGAGAAUGAAACAAUAUCAGAAAUAAUUGAUUUUGAAAAGAAAUUGCAUGAAUACAGCGUUAAUUAUUCAUCUUUUAAACAAGCAUGUACAAGAUUGAAUUUUUUUAGUGAAAAAAUUAAAAUAAAACAAGAAUUAUACAGAAAAAUAACAUCUGGUUUGUAUUCCAAAGUAAUUCAACAAGAUAUGUCAGAAUUUAAACAGGAACAAUGGAAUGCAAUUGCUAGCAAAGGAUUAAAAAAUCAUCAAUGA